AGCUGAGCCGCUGCUCUUUGUAGUUGUUUGCUGGGAACUCGCUGUUGUGCGGGAGGAACCAUGGGCAGUCAAUCCCCCAGCGCUUACUUCAAGAGAACCAGCCUCUUCUGGAUGGUCGCAGUCACUGCAACCUUUGGCUGUUUCACCGUGGUGAUCUUCUGGCCACAAAACAUCCCGUACAAGCAUCUGGGAGUGAUCGGGAGCUUCCUGGAAUACCAGGUGAACAACUAUUACCCCUACCUGUAUGCCGGGUACAGGUUUGCUUGGUUCUUGCACGUUCUCGAAGCUCUGUACAGCAUCAAACUCUGCAGUGACAAGAGGAUCACAAGCUCCAGCGCCCGGCUCAAAUGGCUGGUGCAGACCUUCCUGUUUGGGUUCGCCUCCCUGCAACUUCUGAUAUCCUACAUGCCACAGCAACACAGCAAGAGCAAAUGAUGGCUCGGCUCGGCUCAGCUCAGCUCGGAUUGCCCACAAGCUACCAUUCCCACUCCUCGUUACCACCCCCAGCACCGUCCGCUGGCAACGAGGACAUCUCCCUCUUGCUUCCAACGCUAGAAAGGUGGACCAGGGUAACAAGCUAAUGGACCAAUCGACCCCUUCCCCCUCCCCCCCUCCCCCCACACACCUAUCGCCAUGAUCACCUAUACAGUUAGGGCGACUGUAUUUUCCAACCAAAUCUAGGGACACAUAUAUGUAAAAUAAUUGAACUCGCCACAAUAGCUGAUGCUGGCAGUAUAGUACAGGAUAAGUGUGUUGGAUUAAUGGCUGUGUCUCUCUCAUGAGCGUCUCUGUUUUAGAAUAUUAUUGUUCUUGCUCGGUUUGUUGUUCGUGUUGCUGAACUCAACACAGGGCAAAUUUAGCCCCAGGGACACAAUACCUCAUCUGGAGACUGUCCAUGGGAAUUAAGAACAACAAAUUAUUCUUGUAUAGUGCCCUCCACGUCGGAAAGACGUCCCAGGGCGCUGGGAAUCAGGGACCGUAUUAUACAGACCACCCCCCACCCCCCCUCCCCCACCCCAUUACAAAUGCUGACUCCCAGAUGUUCAGUCAUCUUUAUCUUUGUCAACCUUCUCCCCGGCCACCUUGUCCCUCCCCCGCCCACCUUGCCCCUCCCCUGACCA